GCGUUUCUGGAGUCGCGGCGUGAUGACGCCACAGCAGUGCACCCGGACCGGAAGUGGGAGCAAGCUGCAAAACUGCUGUGCUCCUGAGGGCCGCGCUUCGUAGCUUGGACGCCCCACCGGGGCCGAAUCCGUCGCCAUCCGGUCCUUCCUUGGGCCGUAAAGGUGAGAGAUGAGUCUGGAGCUGGUUCAGGAGCCUCGGCGACGAAGGAUGCCGGCAUCUUUCUCUCCCCCGCCCCGGCCUUCAGCACGUUUCGUCGGUCUGCGCCGUGUCCGGAUGCAGGGCGGGCCUGAAAGGGACCUUCCGCCUCCCUUGGGCCCUCGGAACAGGCCCCUUCGAGCAGAUGCUGGGUUCAUUGUCGGGGCUGUCGCCUCUUUCGUGCAGAGCCUGCCUUCAUCAUACCUAGAGAACGCUUUGCCCCAGUGAAGGGCUCGGGCCUAGUUCCUGGCGACCAUCUCUGCCGCUGUCAUCUCGGGGGGGGGGGGAGCCUGCGGACGGAAGGGUGGGUUGCCCUACUUGGUUUGUCCCACCAGGAGCCCUGCAAGCAAGACGCUUUGUUCAGGGCUGCUCUCCCUCUCCCUCCCCAUAUCUAUUCUGUCCAUCUGUCUCACGCCCCCUUUCUAAAUGGUUGAAUACUUCAUGAAGCUCUCAGUCUAGAAGUGGGGGAAGCAGAAUGACAUGUGUUUCUAGUACUGUAUCUAGAAACUAGGCUCUUUAUCAUAACUGAAAUGGCUCAACAGACGUUUUUAUUUUAGAACUAGCAAGGCUUUUUAAAAAAAUUAUUCACUUGCUGCCUGUGUGUAGAGAGCACAGAUAGUACAAGUCUGUAUGACCUAGUUUUAGAAUAGCUGGUGCAACUUAGGACAGCCAUACUGGCUGAGCCUAGUGGGAGUUGUAGGCCAAAACGUUUGGAGGGCACCAGGUUGGCAAAGGCUGGGCUAGAUGUCACCUAGCUGGCUUGUAAAUAAGCCCACACACGAAAGCUCAUACCAAUAACAAACUUAGUUGGUAUCUAAGGUGCUACUAGAAUGAUUUUUUUUAUUUUGUUUCGACUACGGCAGACCAACGUGGCUACCUACCUGUAUUUUUUGAGAGAGCCAAUCUGCAACCAGUUUUUCAUCUUUGGAUGUAGAAAGAGAGCAUGGGUAUAAUUAUAUAUAAAUACAGCUAACAAUCAUUUGCUAAUAAGGCACAAUUAUGGUGAAAACCAUGCAGUCAGCACUUCAUGAAUUUUAUUUAUUAAAUUUUUAUACCGCCCUUCAGAGAUCUCAGGGUGGUUCACAACGUAAAAAUACAAAACAAAAAAAAAUACAAGAUAACAAAACGAAAACACAAACCAAUAAACCCCCUCCCCCACUCCCUAUAUAGGCAUAUGAAUAUGUUGAGAACAGCUUUGUUAUUUAAGCAGUAGCCUGGCAGCAAUAAACUACAGUUCAGGACUUCCACAGAAGUACUUCAUUCCCAGUGUGUAUAUGUCAUUCAGUAAUUUAAAGGAUAUGACUGGAAGGCCUGGCCUUUUUUUAAAAAACAACAACUGUGUGUCUCCUUAAAAACAAGUACAGGUCAAACCUCAGUUCUCGAACGGCUCAAUUUUCGAACAUUUCAGCUUCCAAACACCAAAAACCCAGAAGUAAGUGCUCAGGUUUUUGAACAUUUUUUGGAACCUGAACGUCCGACGCGGCUUACACUUGACUGCAAGGAGCUCUUGCAACCAAUUGGAAGCUGCGCCUUGGUUGUCGGAACAUUUUCGGAAGUUGAAUGGUCUUCCGGAAUGGAUUACGUUUGACAACCGAGGUUUGACUGUAUUAGCUGAUCCAACUACAGUCAUACCUCGAGUUGAAUGCGCUUCGGGUUGAGUGCGUUCGAGUUGCACUCCGCGGUAACCCGGAAGUAAUGGAGUGCAUUAUUUCCGGGUUUCACCGCAUGCGCAGACGCUCAAAAUGACGUCAUGCGCGGUAGCGGCGAAACGCGGCAGACACACCAUUGUGUCUUGCGUUCCGUUCGGGGUGCGAACGUGGUUCCGGAACAGAUCCCGUUCGCAUCCCGAGGUACCACUGUAUUUGAUAAGCACUAUUGUUUUAUAGUUACUUGAUCCCCUUAUUCUCUUCCCCCUCCCAUCUCCUUUCUCACUAGAAUUAUAGAAGAUGGCAAAGUUCCUGGCUCCCGUGAUCCAGGAUAAUCCCUCAGGAUGGGGUCCAUGUGCUGUUCCAGAGCAGUUCAAAGAUAUGCCUUAUCAGCCCUUCAGCAAAGGAGAUCGGCUAGGAAAGGUACUUCUUCACACACCCUUGCACAGAAAAUUUCUAUUAACUGCUUUUGUACAUUGUCUAUGCUGAUGUUUUCUAUUAAGGGCUAUUGAAAGGCACUCUUACCAUGUGCUUCAGGAGCCCAGUUCCUACAGUACUACUUACAGGGCAAAAAGACCAUGAGUGAAAUUGUCCUAAGUCUUUUAGGGAGUGAAUUUUUGGAGCAUCAUUUUGGUCCCUAUUGGGCUUCACAGAAUUUAUAGCUGGAUUGUGUUGGCUUACGUUACAUCGUCUGGUUAAAAAGGGAAUCUGAACCAUGAAUCAUUGGCAAGCUCUGACCUAAUGUAUUUCAUGACAUAGGAUGUUGUUAAAGCAUACAGGUCCGGACUUGGGGGGAAAUUUGGCUAAUAAUUGUCUUAAGACAAUUCCAAUUUCCUAGCCCUUUAGGGCAUUAUAGCAGUGUAAUGGAUGGUGCAGGUGUUUGCCAUAGUACAUUCCCUGUAAGGAUGGGCAGCUGCCAUCAUAUAGAGAAUGUCUGCUUCCAUUGGCUACCAAUCCCCACAACUGUUUAGCAAGAGCACGAGAGACUUUCCAGUGGGAUUCCAGCAGAUUGCAAAAUAAGCAAUUCUGCGUGUUACAGCUAAGUUGUGGACAGCACACACACACACACCCCGGCCAGGGUCAUGUGUACAUCAGCUCAUUAUCUCUCCCCAAGUAAAGAUCUUGAUGUCUUAAUAUUUUGAGUACACUCAGAAACUUAGCUGGCUGGAGAAACAAUUUUUGAGAUUCUGUUGAAAAUCCUUUGAAUGAGUUUGUGGCAUGCUUGAAAGCAGCCUUAUUUCCUCAUUGUUUUUAUUUUGACCAGGUUGCAGACUGGACAGGAGCUACUUACCAGGAUAAGCGAUAUACAAGUAAGUAUGAUGGUGAUUGUUCUUGUUUGAUAUAUUUCAUAUGGAAGAUCAAGUGCCAGUGAGCACGGUAUAUGAAGUUGGCAUUACGUCUCUGUUGGCUGAAGAGGGUUCAUUAUUGGCUUAGGGCAAAUGAUGAUGAUGAUGAUUUUUACCCCGCCCAUCUGGCUGGGUUACCCCAGCCGCUCUGGGUGGCUUCCAGCAGAAUAUUAAAAUACAAUGAUUCAAUAAAUAUUAAAAGCUUCCCUAAACAGGGCUGCCUUCAGGUGUCUUAAUAGUUGUUUAUUUCCUUGACAUCCGAUGGGAGGGCAUUCCACAGGGCGGGUGGACCUCAGUUCCCGGGCUGAAUGAUGGGGGUGGAAACGCUCCUUCAGGAUUGUUGUCUUUUGACCACCAUCUAUACAAUAAGAAUACUAAAGUUGAACUUCCAGGAGAUGUGCUUUAUAGUUUCUCCUGCAUUUCAUUACAAGACAGAAUUGCAUUGAACAUAAGCUUUUCUGCAUUCCUCUGUUUCCUUCACUGCUUAUAGGGGUUGCCAACCUUUUUGGGCUGGUGGGCACAUUUGGAAUUUUGAGAGAGUGCAGUUGGCAUCAGUCACAAAGUGGCUGCUGUUGGGGUGUGGCAUAACACGAAAUGGCUGCCACAUCUGAAAGGGCAGAAAAAGAGGCAAGUUCACAAAAUCCACCAUGAAUUUUUAAGGGGAUAUUUAUUGAUUCGUCCAUGGGUGCCAUAAGAGAUACUUGGCAUGCAUACUGUCAUCCAUAGGCUCUACACUGUGUAACCUCUGGCUUGCAACAUUAAGACCUACUCUCCCUAAACAAAUGUCUACUGCCUGUAUCAAAUGGUAGUUUUGGAAUUUGGUAAUGCAAUCACUGGUGCAGUUGCAUAUCAACACUACAGAUAAGUAGAACACUAGGGCACAUCGUGUUUCUGCACUGAUUACAGCAGUAGUGGAGCUUUGCGGGGGGCUUUACAAGAGGAAAUCUCCAUCUUGUUUUGAGAUCAGCCAUGGUAUUUACCAUUGGGCAAAGGAACACGACUGUAUCACAUCCGUUGUUCUAAGCAGUUACACAAAGAUAAUUCUGCUUCAGCUCCUAUUUGAAAGUAGGACGGUUCUAGUUCUUGGUCUUCUAGGAAAUCCCAGUCUUGCACUCUAAGGUGACUGAGACAAUUGUCUUCCCAGAUAAAUAUUCAUCCCAGUUUGGUGGAGGAAGCCAGUAUGCUUAUUUCCAUGAGGAAGAUGAAACCAGUUUCCAACUGGUGGACACGGCACGGACACAAAAGACAGCUUACCAGAGAAAUCGCAUGAGGUUUGCACAGGUAUGAUGUGGCUUGAUUGAAGAGAUUAGACUUGAGCCAUAUAGCUAGUCUGUCCCAAUUGAUACUCUGAGAGGAGAGAGACAGAUCGAGGAGGGAACAGACAACCUUCCCCUUAAUCUGGUAUGGGGGUCCUGCUGUCCUUGUUGCACUAUAACUCUAGUAGCUAACAUGUCUCUCCCCUGUCCUAUCUCCAUUCCCAGCUGAUAUGCCCAGUAGUCAGGUAUGAUAAGAGUCCAGCAAUACCUAGAGGGCCAAAGAUUAGUCACCCAUGGUCUACUGCUUCCAUCAUCACUAACCAUGCUGGCUGAGAGCUGGAAUCAAAACAAGAUUGCAGAAGGGGAGCACAGGUUCCCCAUCCCUGUCAUUAAUGGGCAGUCUCAUGGGAUUUUGAAGAUGUAUCCCCUCCCAUUCCCCAGUCACUGAUAACUGUCUUUUUCAAACAAGCCGUUGCAAGUUUGAGACUCCUUGUGGUUUUUCAUUUUUGUUGUUCUUAGGCUGGAAUGUGUAUGGCUAUCAAGUAGUGAUCCCCACCCUAGUGUAACUCAUGCAUUACAGUGAAUAUUGGGCAGGAAUCCUUUGCAGGAUUGCUUGCUGGGUAGGCCCUUUGACUCCAUGCUGUCUCACUUACAUUAGUGUUUCCUUUCAGAGGAACCUCCGGAGAGAUAAGGACCGCCGGAACAUCCUUCAGUUUAACAUGCAGACGCUCCCUAAAAGUGCCAAGCAGAAGGAGAGGUAAGCUUGCUGUGUUUGUGGGAGAACAUGCAAUUUAGUAAUUGUCCAGCAGAGCUAGUUUCAUCAAACUGAUUGAAUCUCUUGAAAAAGCAAAUUGCUUACUAAAUUUCCCAGACUCUGCUGUCACAUAUUUUAAAUUUUUAUUACUGUUGCAUGGAUUGUGAAAUGGCAUUAUCUUAUUGGUUGUUUAGCAACUCUGACCCAAGAGAUCAGAAAACCCUUUUGUAGUUAGCCAUUCAUGUUCCAGUUUCUCUACUCUGGAAAAAGGGUUUGGGAUCAGCAGGCUCCUUUGCCUUGGUGGGACUAUCAGUUUUCUGUCAUUUCAGAGAUAGACUGCGUCUCCAAAAGAAGUUUCAGAAGCAGUUUGGAGUGAGACAAAAAUGGGACCAAAAAUCUCAGGUAAACCUCUUUCGCUUUGGCUGCCUGUCUUGUGACUGUCUUUCCCCUCACACUUUCAGCUUUUGUUCCCAUUUUACACACCAAUGUGUUGUCUCUUCUAUUUAUUCUAUCUGCAUGGCAGAAACCCCGUGACUCCUCUGUUGAAGUUCGCAGUGAUUGGGAGGUGAAGGAGGAAAUGGAUUUCCCUAGGUUGAUGAAAAUGCGAUAUUUGGAGGUGUCAGACCCUCAGGACAUGUAAGUCUCUUGAGGCAGCUGAAGGUCUGGGGCCAACAAUUUGUAUCUUUUUUUAGAAGAAGAAAAAAACAGCCUCCAAGUAGUUUAACUAAUACAGUAUGCUUAUCUCUUGAUCCAAGACACAAACUGUGAUUAGAUGUCAGGACAGCCUAAACCAGAAUUAUUGCCUUGCUGGGCAUUGUAACUUUCUGUAUUCUUUCUGAGUACUGACAACUGGACAUAAAAUGACUUUUGGUUAACAAGGCCUGAAUUAUCCCUGACCUUCAAUAUGAGCAGGAAUAUAUGACUGGUUGUUAGGAGCUGGAGCUUGUCAGUGAAUCUGGUUUAGAGCUUGGGACUGGGUUGCCCCAGCCACUCUGGGCGGCUUCCCUGACCUAGUGCCAUCUACUGUGUUGGACUCCAGAUCCUAUUAUCUAGCACAGAGAGUGGUCAGGGAUGAUCAGAGUUGUCCUCCAAAAUAUCUGGAGGGCAUCAUUUAGGGAAGGAUGCUUUAAAAUGUGAUGCUGCUUAUAGAGGUGGAUGGGUCAGAGGAGAGGCAUAGAACCUUAAAGGUGCCGUGGGAUUUUAAUGAUCCUUGGGUUUCUUUUUCAUGAGUAUUUCUGAACCCAUUAGUCCACUUUUUAUUAUCCUUUGUUCUUGAGAGAACAAAUCAUGAUCAUCUUCUCUUUGUACCUGCAGAGAGUGCUGUGGGGCCCUGGAAUACUAUGACAAAGCCUUUGACCGCAUCACCACAAGAAAUGAAAAGACCCUUCGUAGCAUCAAGCGCAUCUUCCAUACUGUAACUACUACCGAUGAUCCAGUCAUUCGCAAGGUAUAAUAUGCCUCUGUAGUUUGUCCUAUACAUGGCUGUUAAAAUACCUCAGUUUAAAAGGAGAGGGCUCAUUUGCUUGUACUGUAUUUUUCGCUCUAUAGGACGCACUUUUUCCCCUUCAAAAAUGAUGGGGAAAUGUGUGUGCGUCCUGUGGAGCGAAGACGCCAUAGCCCCGCGACCCUCUCCUGGCUGGAGAGGUGACGUGCGGCUAUGGCAGGAGCCUCUACAGCCGCGCGUCACCUCUCCAGCCGGGAGAGCGCGCGCAGGGCUAAAGAAGCACCCCGUGACCCUCUCCCGGCUGGAGAGGUGACGUGCGGCUAUGGCAGGAGCCUCUAUAGCCGCGCGUCGCCUCUGCAGCCGGGAGAGUGCGCACGGGGCUAAAGAAGCCAUAGCCCCGCGACCCUCUCCCGGCUGGAGAGGUGACGUGCGGCUAUGGCAGGAGCCUCUCCGCUGCGCCUUUCCGCUGCUCCCUGACCUGCUCUUUGGGGCUGGUGGUGGGCUUCCCCCCGCCAGCCCCAAAGAGCAGGUCGAAGGACCUGAAGCCUGGAGAGCGAGAGGGGUCAGUGCACACCGACCCCUCUCGCUCUCCAGGCUUCCAAGGUAGCCGCCUGAACGCACCUUAAACGGCACCUUGUUUUAGAGCGGGAAAACAAGAGGGGGAAAGUUCUCCCCCUCUCUGUGCAGCGCCUCCUGCCGCUUCGCUGAAGGGGCGCUGGGCAGAGAGGGGGAGAAUUCUUUUUUCUUGUUCUCCCCCCUCUAAAACAAAGUGCAUCCUAUUGUCCGGUGCGUCCUAUGGUGCGAAAAAUACGGUAACUUCAGAUACCUUUCUUACUAAGUCCUUAAAAAUGGUACUGCACUGGGCAAGGCAGGUUAGUCUAAUGAAAUAUUGUUUAGUAAGUCUGAAACUAGAAAUUGCAGCCAGACAUACUGGACUAGAGAAGAGUGUGUCCUGUUGACUGUGCAAAGAGCAGGGGGAGGCAAGGAGAUCUUCAUAGCUUUGGCGCACAAUGGAAUUCCCUUUUCUGGAAACUCCUUAAAGCCCAAGUCAGAGCAUCUUCCAAAAGUGUUGCAGGACAUUUCUCUUUGAGCUAGUUAUUAGUAUUGAGGAGUUUCCUAUUUAUUGUGCUUGAGGUAGUGGAGAUAAUGGGUUGGAUGUGAGAGUUUUCAGAGAGGCUUUAUGUGUUUUGCAAUUUGCUGUGAAGCUUGGAGGUAUGCUAAGACAAAACCCAGCUAAAUAAUAAAUGAGGCAAGUGGAAGUGUUUACUUCUUAUGUUUCUGCUCAUCUACCAAAGUUCUUAACUUUGAGGGGAGUAAGUUUUUGGCUUAAUGAUAGAAUUGACGUGCAGGAGAGCAGAUCUCAUCCUUGCAUUUAUUGGGACUCUUCUGUCUGCUUUCCCUUGGAUUUUAAUUGCUGGAGAAUGGGAUGCAAAUGCCAUUGGUAAUCUAGGAGAGCAUGGUUUUGACAAUAUCUUCUACAGCAGGGAUGGGGAACCUGUGGCCCUCCAGAUUCUGUUGAGGUACAUUUCCUAUCAACCUUGGCAACUGGCCAUGCUGGCUGGACUUAAUGGGAGUUGGAAUCACAGGUUCCCUACCCCUGUGCCUCAGAGAGUAGAUAAUGCUACAGAUACAACUCUGGAGGGUGGUACAACCUAUAUUAGUUCGCUUGUACGAUUCCUGCUCUCAUCCAUGUGACUUUUCUUUGUGCACAGUUGGCCAAGACUCAGGGGAAUGUAUUUGCUACAGAUGCCAUCCUAGCUACCCUCAUGGCUUGCACUCGUUCUGUAUAUUCCUGGGACAUCAUUGUCCAGAGAGUUGGAUCCAAACUCUUCUUUGACAAGAGGGACAAUUCUGAUUUUGGUGAGUGUUUUUGUAUAUACAGUACAAAACUGAAGGGAGACAGGUGGUGGCUGGGAAUGGAGUGCUUGGGGAAGUGAAGCUGUUAGGGUUAUCUCUUGGGGCAACCCCCUGAACUUCCAUUUAUGUUUGGCUAUAUCCUCAGACCUCCUGACCGUGAGUGAGACUGCUAAUGAACCACCACAGGAUGAGGGCAACUCCUUCAAUUCACCCCGCAACCUUGCUAUGGAAGCCACCUACAUCAACCACAACUUCUCCCAGCAAUGUUUGAGAAUGGUAAGAUUUAAAGGGGUAAUGGAUUUUACCUCUGCAGAGAAUUUCAGAAAGAAAUUGACUAGGGUCACUUAGAACUUCCUGCUGAUGAGGGAGUGAUCUGUCUCAGCAAGCAGAAAGAAGAUAACAUCCAUCUACUAUCUGUUUUAUAGGGCCUCCAGAUAGAGUUGUAUGGCUGUUGGGAGGUUCCACAGAAUACUCCUGGUGGGGGAAGUGUCUUGCUAGUAAACAGGAUACCACAUCAAAGCCAUGUUUUUGAAAAAUUUGAGGAAGGGCUUGGUAGCAAGAUAGUGGCUAAUUUUUCUCAAGCCAGAGCACUGGAAGCUUCCCAUGUCUUAAGGCAGCCAUGAUUCUCCUGACCAUGUAAUCUGAUGUCAUUGAUAAAAGUUUUUGCAUGUGUGUGUCUUUACAGGGGAAAGAGAAAUACACAUUUCCCAAUCCAAACCCAUUUGUGGAAGAUGAUAUGGAUAAGAAUGAGGUGGCUUCUGUUGCAUACCGGUAAGUUGUUGCUUCUGACACAUGAGUAGACCUUGAGCGUUCACAGUACCUUGAGGUGUGGUUUGCAGACUUGUUGCAGCUUCCAUGAAAAUUCCCAUUGCUGCCACCUGUAUAUAUGUGUUUAUGUGAAUUUUUUGUUAUAAGGUUGCUGACAAGCAUUUUUGGUUGUAGGUACCGGAGGUGGAAGCUGGGAGACGACAUAGACCUGAUAGUACGCUGUGAACACGAUGGAGUGAUGACUGGAGCCAAUGGAGAAGUAUCUUUCAUCAACACAAAAACACUGAAUGAAUGGGAUUCAAGGGUAAGGAAAAACAGAUAUAAUUUGUAGGCUCUUCUGUGUGGACAUUAUUUGUUUCCGCUGGCCUGUCUCUUUAACUGUGGCAUAAUUUACUAUGAUUACCUGUAAUAGCCUUGGAAUUCCCUCUUCCUCAUCCCAUCCAAUUCAGUGUGCCAUAAUUGAUGCUGUGUACAACCCUAGUCCUUUCUUAAUUUUUCUAGCAUUGUAAUGGAGUGGACUGGCGUCAGAAACUGGACUCCCAGAGAGGAGCUGUGAUUGCCACUGAGCUGAAAAACAACAGCUACAAACUUGCUCGCUGGACAUGUUGUGCGCUGCUGGCUGGAUCAGAGUAUCUUAAACUGGGGUGAGACAAAAUAGUGUGGAUAGGUUUUUGGUUGUGUUUUUGUUUGUUUGUUUGUUUUUGUCUUGGGUGUACUACAAGAGGGAAAUAAGUUUUGGGGGGAGAAGCCAGCUCUUCGGGGUUAAAAUUUAAUACAUUGUUACAUUUUACUGAUGUUUACAUUAUUCACCUCUUUGAGAGGUGGCCUAUACAGUGGACCCUCCAGAUACGAACUUAAUUCAUCCCAGGGGUCCGUACUUAACCCGAAAAGUCCACAUCCGGAGGCGUCACUACACAUGCGCAUGCAGCGAAACCCAGAAGUAUACACUUCCGGGUUUUCUGCGUUCAUAACUUGAAAUUAUGUUACCCCAAGGUAACGUAACCCGAGGUACCAUUGUAAUUAAAUAUUUUAAAUAUUUAUUCUAAUCUCUAAAUAUUCUGAGCUGUAAAACUUGGCCAGCACCUCUUCAUAUUUAGAAUUCUCUGCUAAUAGCUUGGGAUAUAGCUGGCCCUUGUCCGGACUCAGCUAUACAGCUGCAAAUAAAAUGUUUUAAGUGUGUUUUAAGUGCAAUAUACAAUGUGACACUAGAUGGCGAAGGUGAGCCUUAUGGAAAAUUCAAUGUAUUUUUUAAAACACUUUUUUUAAAAAACAUUUUCAGAACGAUUUCUAUGUGUGUAGAUUCAACCUCCGUCUCUGUCUUAACUCCCGGAUAAAGUGUGUCUUUUACCUCUUGGAAGGGAAUAACAAAUAAGUUUCUUGUCUGGAUUAAAAAUUACUGAGAUGGGUCUAUAACUUUAACACUUUAAUAAUAUUUAACAUUUGUCAAGAGCCUGCAUGUAUUUUCUAGUCGUAAUCCUUGUAACAAGCCGGUAAAGGACCCCAGGAUGGUUAAAUUGAGUCAAAGGCGACUAUAGGCUUGCGGUGCUCAUCUCGCUUUCAGGCCAUUUGUCCACAGACAGCUUUUCAGGUCAUGUGGCCAGCAUGACUAAACCGCUAUAAGGCAAGUCAGGCAGGAAGAUUGAGAGCAACUUUCCUAAAGGGAGGUCACCUAGUGAGUUCAGAGGCAAGAUUCAAACCCUGAUUUGUAGCUCAGUCUCUUUAACCACUGUACCACACCAGUCGUCUUACUUAAAUUGUUUAGCCUGCUAUUCUUUCUUAGUCCUACUGUAGCUGCUGGGCUGGACUACAGCUUCACACUUUCUAAGUCUUCUUUGUCCCUUCUUGUCAGGUAUGUUUCCCGGUACCAUGUGAAAGACUCUGCACGCCAUGUGAUCCUGGGCACCCAGCAGUUCAAACCUAAUGAAUUCGCCAGCCAAAUUAAUCUAAGCAUGGAAAAUGCCUGGGGCAUCCUGCGCUGUGUCAUUGACAUCUGCAUGAAACUGGAUGAGGGCAAGUACCUCAUCUUGAAAGACCCCAACAAGCAAGUCAUCCGUAUCUACAGCCUGCCAGAUGGCACUUUCAGCUCUGAUGAAGAUGAUGAUGAUGACGAUGAAGAGGAGGAAGAGGAAGGUAAUAAGAGUUUCACAUGCCUUCUAGCUAAGCUUAGGCCUGAAACGACAAGUUUCUGGUCUUGCAACUGCUUACAUUGGAAGAAGCUUGUGUGCUGGGAGGAUAGCUUUCAUUCUUCUGCAAUCUGUGAUCAUUUCGUCCAGAUAUAGCCGCAGGAGAGUACAGUGCAGCUUUCCCCCAACUUGAAGCCCUCCAGACACAUUGGACAACAGCUCCUAUCCGCCCCAUUCAGCACAGCUUCGCUGAUUGAAGCCGAUAGGGGCUGUAGUCCAAAACAUCAGGGGAGGCACCAGGUUGGGAAGGGCAAGCCCAUAAGUCAGGUGUAUAUGGGGGCCAUUAACUCAUAGGAAAAACCAGUCAGAGCAAACGGUAAGUAGAACCAAAACGGGCAGAAUUUGCAUGCAGUGUUGCAGGAUUCUAUAGCAUGCUGUCUGUGCACCAGCCUAUUUCUCUCUGUCACGUCGCUAGUUGCCAUCUUGUUUGCAUCAUAACUACAGAUAAGAUGGUGACCAGUAGUACACGCCACAGGAGUGAUAUAAUGUGGAUCUGAGCAGAAUUUAAGUAUGGCAUAUAGUUAAUAUUAGUAAAGUGUUGACAUGAUUAUUUUGGGGAGACCAAUACCAGCUUACAGAUUUUGUAUGUUCCCUAGGAUUCAGCUUUCUGUUUUACUUUUCAAACUGUGGCUGUACACAAGGCUACAUUAUAGAUUGUCAGUUUCUUAUUCUUGCUUACAAACCACAAAUUUUCUUUACAAAGCCAGAGGUAUCUGAUUGGUCACUGUGAUCCAGCAAGCUCUUACGUUCUUAACAUUGCUUGGAGUUCAAUACUUGCAUUGUCUCUAAAGUUUAGAUCAACUGAUUGGCUGCAUCCUACUUAAUAAGGCUUUAUAUUAUGCAGAAAGUGUAUCAUCUGACUGUAUAUGAACCAGCAUUUGGUAAUUAUGUGUGGAAAGGAGAGCAGAUGUUGUGGCCAUGCUUGUUUGUUCCAUGGUGUUUGUUUUUGCUUGGGAUGGCAGCAAAUGCUCCAUUGAAACUUCUGUUUAUUUUUCAGAGGAAGAGAGCUGAACAUUGCAGCCAGACAGCAGCAGCAACUGCAGCUUGAAGGCACAGCCAACAUCUUUGUUCUUGGUGGAUGGAUCAGAAUUGAAUCUCAUGUACUUAGAACCUAAGGAAUAAAAAAUAAUAAUCUUAAAGCAUUAUCCCUUUUGUAUAAUUAAUAUGUGUAAUGAGAUUGCCCCUAAACAAAUUUGGAAAAGAAAAUAUUUUAUGAUUACCUGAUCAGCCUUGUCCACUUUAAGCCUGAUGUGUAGCAGAAUCAUCUGAUCCAGUGUCCCCUGGACUUAACAGCUUCACUCUGCAAGUGUGGAAAUAAAUGUUUCAAUAGUCGCUUAUGGGGGAAUUUGAGAGAGUAUAGAAAACUAGCAUGCCAUAGAGAAACCUAGGCUGAGAUCAUUCUCUUUGCCCUUCUUGUUUUCCGUAUGCAGGGAGUCCCCACUGCUAAUAGGAAAUUACUCAAGCUAAAGAAACCUUCAGAAGCGGGCAGUCUUUAAAUGGCAUGGCUCUAGGAAAAGCUGUAUCAUGGGAUUCUUCUAUAUGUGCAGAUUGGCUCUUAGGCAAGCACAAGUAAUUUGUAACUCUUCUCACUCUGUUGCAAAGCUUUAAAACUAUCUUUUUAACUGUGCUAUACAAAGGUUGAGAAGUGGGAUAGUAUAGGAUUGUGCACAAAGCUUGAUGGCAGGCUAGCUGGAACAAUGUAAUGAAAAUGAUGUUAAAACUACUGGCUCAGAUCUUCAAUGCAAAAAUCAUAAGAACCAAUUUGUUUUUAGGGGCAUUCACACUAAAGACUCAUCAAAAGAAGAAAUAAUUUAUACCACUAGCGGCUACUUCUGCCCUAUCUAGUUGAGGAAUUAGGCAUAAUCUCUUCCUCUGUGCUUCUCUUGAGAAUGUGGGUUGAAAUGCAAAAUAAUAUUUUGUUUAUCUUAUUUACCAAGCUGGUGAACAAAAUAAAGGUAAAAAACCUACCCCAACAACUUUAAAAGUUCAAAAAAUGCAAGAAACCACAUUAAAUUAUUCAUUCAACCCGUAUAAAAAAAAAUUCAGAGAUUUUAUCAUUAAAACAACAGCAUUGCAUAGAAAGCAACCCCAUGCAGAGUCGCCCAUCUAGCUCGGUAUUGUAUAUAUUGACUGGCAGUGGCUCUCCAGUGUUUUUGGCAGGAGUUAUUCCCAGCCCCUAAAGAGGCUGGGGAUUGGAACGUGGGACCUUUUUCAUGCAAAACAUGCUUUUCCAUUGAGCUACAAAUCUUCCCUGACUACAACUCUCUCCAUUAAGAGUCAUUUGGAACAGGUAGAUUUACAAAGCCCUUUUAAAUGCAGCAACUAUUAAAAGUUAUAACCAUUAGUAAUUUAAUUGAUACCAUUUGUAAUCUUCCACAGCCUAAAGUGUGACUUGAAUUGAAGCCAUGUGCAAGAACCAGCUCUCUGUCAAAUGAAUGAAUGUUUGUGCUGCAGUGCCAAAGGGGGUGAUUGCUUGAACCUCUGUAUGAUGCUCAUUAAUGGCCUUGGCAAACAGACCUGGCUAGAUGAGGGUACUGCAGGGUUUUCUCUAAUCAUAUUCCAACAGCUCCCACGUGGACAUAAUCUCUUUCCAGCUGCUGCAGAGAGGUGAACGUGUAAAGACCAAGGUUUCCUUGAAAGAACUGGGUGUUCUUUUAUUGUCAAGAGGUUAGCUACCUGCUGCGGCAGAUCCUAGCUGAUUAGCAUCUUGGAUCCCCAAAACGCUUCCCAAGUAAUAAACAGCCAGUCAUUUCACCUGCC